AUGGAGUCAACACCUCUUGUCAUCAAUACUUUCAGGGAGCGCAAUCUCCCGGUCGAUCGAAAUAAGGUCUUGUCAGUCUUCAGUAAUGCGGCAGGCGCUGCAGCUCAUGCCAAGUGGGUGACGGAGCAUAUCGCCAGCGAGUUACUAUUGUCACAAGAAGAGUUUACAUUACAUUCUGCUCUCGAGAAAUCGAAUGUCCUGAGCAAACUACUCAAUAAUCGAAGUACGCGCACAACUCGGCCAAUUCUCGAAGAAGAACUUCAGCAAGCGAUCGAUUCACUUAACGCUUCUACGACCGCAAUCCUACGGCAGAAGAAGAUAUUCUCUUCAAAAUGCGAAACUAUGAACAGACAGCUUCAUCAGAAGGAAAAAAGAGAGCUCGGGUUCAAGAGGGAUGCAGAAAGAUUGCGUUUGAAGACUCUAUCCGGGAGGCAGACUGCUACAGCCGUAUUUCUUGAGACCUCUCUUGAGCUGGAACUCGACGUCAAAUUGGAAUUGGAGAAGGUAGCAACAGAAGGGAGAAAAUUACUCUCUUCUCUGACUACUCGAUUGAAGGACGAUGAAAAAACCCUCGCACACCUUGAAAGAGUUGCCCACGGGCUUGAGUAUGUUGGGAACGAUGCUUCUAUUUCCAGGCAGGCUACGGAUCUGGGUGUACAUCAUGCUCAGUAUGUCGCAGGAGAGAUACAGCACCGUCUUGACCGCCUAUACUUGGAAACUGUACAGAAGGUCCAUGGGGUGAUGCAGGACGAGACAACACAGGCAGACUCUGAUGUAUCGGAAGCCCUCGAAGAAGAGCUGGGGUCAUUGUACUCUGAGAUAGGCAUCCUCGCAGAAUUGUCUACUAGACAGCAACUUGUCGAUCCCAUACAUCGCGAAAUCCAAUCGCAACACGGUGCGCUAUGUGCAUCCUCGAAUCAGAAACUGCACCUUCUCGGAGGCAUUCUUUCGCAGAUGGUAUUGACAACGAGAGAGUGUACCAAAGGAUUACAGGAGCAGGAUUCGUCUUGCGGGACACUUGAAGCCUUUACUGCUGCAUAUAAGACUGAAAUAGGCGAGCUGCUUCUGGUCUCAUCUGCUCCAAAGCGGAGGACAUUGAAGACCCAAGUCGCACUGGCAGCGUCUCUAAAUAUUCCUUCAAGAAGCCAUUAUGUCCCGCUCUCCGAGGUCCAAGCUCUCGCAGGUCUGAUACGCAGAAUGGGCUUAACCCUGGACAACCUAUCACUCGAAGCAAGAGGUGGGCCCUUGAAAAGUUUGCAGGAAAAGAGACGCAAUCUCGUAGAGUCUUCAAAAGGUUAUGGCUUGGCUGCAGAUUCGCCACUGAAAGCGGCUUUGUUUCCUACCGAUUCGGCAAUCCAAUUUCUUCUGCCUCGACUCCAAACCAGUUCGGGUUCCAAGGCGUCACUCUCCAAUAUUGACCAUAAGCUCCUGAUUUCUGAACUUGAAGCGGAACUAGAACGUAUUCAGGAAAAGGUGAAGAGACUGAAGCCUGAUAUGCUUUCUGAACGCGAUUCAUGCCUGCAAAUAUUUUUGAAGAGAUGGGAAGGACAGGUAUCUCAUAUCUAAGACAUGAAUAUGAUGCAAAAUUUGAUAAAGAACUUCGGUCUUGCACAUGUACGAGUCUUAGUGAACUGUCCAUGAGCGAAUGAAGCUCCAAAUUAGUAUGACGGCUAGUGUCGCUCUCGUGGCUCUCUUCAUAAUCCCUGAGCUCGACAAUCGAUGAGCGAAAGAAACUGGAGACCCAGGGAUAUCAGAAUUAUUUGCAUCGCAGAGGAUGUAUGAUUGUCGCACUACUCAAGGUCCUCUUUCUGCGAGUCCCGAGCCAUCUGGGGUGAACUAAAUAUAAGAUUAGACCAUCCAUCCCUACGAGGUGUUCGGCGAUUGAAGUGGAAGGGGUUGGGUGCACGAAACCGGACGAACUAAUGUCCGGUCCAUUCUCAUAUUGAGCAAGUCUGCCCGAUUCAGCAUUUGUUUAUGUUUUGG